ACCCAAUCUACCACUAGCCUGUUUUCAACUUUUAAACCCCGGUUUCUGCCACGAUACUCGACAAACGACAAGAUCUAUUCCAGCUGGAUUAACAAGCAGAAUCACCGGACGUUACCAUUAUUGAUUGAGAAACCAGAUUUAGGAUUAUUCAACUGGUGUUUUUGUACAUACGGAGUUUUACUGUUGAUGACAAGCACGUGUUUUUCGCGUCUUUGUGUGGGCGUGUUGUUAUGUUGUUUGGCGGGAUUUUAGAACGACACUAGAAUUGUAUGUGUUUAGUGUAUAGAGGUGCGAGGUGAAUGGAGGUUGAGAACAGUUAGAGUGGGGGUGUUACGAUAGAGAUACAGAAGAGGAUAGCGAAUCAAAAUGUUUGGUUUGUUGAGUGGUUUGGCCUCGUGGUCCCGUUUACGAGGAGCUAGCGAUGAUGAUUGGAUAGAUAGAUUAAACCAUAUAUGGACUGUCGUCUUAUUGGCCAUCUUUACAGUCGUCGUGAGUUCCGCCCAAUAUGUGGGUGACCCGAUCCAUUGUUGGUGCCCGGCUCAAUUUACGGGGGCUUAUGUCGCUUAUGCAAAACAGAUCUGCUGGAUCUCCAACACCUACUAUAUGCCCAUGGAUGACACGAUACCUGUCGAUAUCACCGAAAGACAAAACCGAGAAAUAACUUAUUAUCAAUGGGUGCCCAUUAUCUUUCUCUUCAUGGCGCUCAUGUUUAAAAUUCCAAACAUCCUUUGGCGCAUGCUCAAUAAUGGCGGAGGUUUGAAUAUGGACCGGAUGGUGACAUUGACCGGAAGUACACAACUCUGCAGUCCGAAAGAACGUGACGAAACGAUUAAACACAUAGCUAAAUAUAUGGAUAGAUGGCUCAAAACAAACCGUCAAUAUCAUUUUAAUGUUUUGGUCCGAAUUCGACAGAAAUUGAGCGGGAUGUGUUGUUUCUGGUUUGGUAAACGUGAUGGAACUUACAUCACUGGCUUUUAUCUGUUCAUAAAGGCGCUAUACGUUUUUAACAUCAUCGGACAAUUUUAUAUUCUCAAUGCCUUUAUGUCCAUGGACUAUAACAUGUACGGAUUUGAAGUCAUGAGUAAACUCAUUCAUGCCGAAUACUGGAGCGAAUCGCCUCGUUUUCCCCGAGUGACCUUAUGUGAUUUUGAAAUCCGUCAAUUACAAAAUAUCCAACGGUUCACUGUCCAGUGCGUUCUGCCCAUUAAUCUCUUCAACGAAAAAAUCUUCAUCUUUAUUUGGUUUUGGUUAUUUUUUAUCGCGGUGUUGACCAGUAUGAAUUAUUUUGCCUGGUUGUACCAUAUACUAAUCAAACAGAACAGGAGCAAAUAUGCCAAAAAAUAUCUCAAACUUAAUGACGAAAUCCGCACAUCGGCCGAUCUAAAACUUUGUCGUAAAUUUGCCGACGAGUAUCUUCGGGAUGACGGCGUGUUUGUGCUGAAGAUUGUGGCGAAGAACUCUACAGAGAUGGUGCUGAAGGAUCUGGUUCUAUGUUUGUGGAAGCUGUAUUUGGCAGACCCCAAAACUCCCAUUAUUAAACCUACAACAGAACUAGACGGGGAAGUCAAAGAUUCAUUUGCCUAGAUAUCGGUCAGAAUAUAUCCACCAUCUUCCGUACCUACUACGAACCACAUCAUACAGACGAUGGGAUAAGAAAACACUCGCGGACGCAUAUAUUUAAAUUUGUGUGUUUAUCGACAGCACGCACGGUUGCUCAAUUAACAUACAUUUCUAACAACUUUCAUGACACAAGACGUAGAAUAUAGAAUGCAAGAUUCGACUGUAACGUAACGUUUCUUGGGUUUGUCUUCCAGUACGACCUAUUAUCUCUACAAUACGUUGAAUCUAUCCAUUAAAACAUUGAUAUUACUCUGUUUAUCAACGAAUAUAAAUGAGUUGUAUUAUUAGUGCGUGCAUUUCAUUUUAUUGGUGCGAUCAUUUCAUUUUAAUCGUGUGUACAUUUCAUUUUAUGUGUGCGUGCAUUUCAUUUUAUGCGUAUGUUUAUUUCAUUUUAUGCGUGCGUGCAUUUCAUUUUAUACGUGCGCGCCUCUCAUUUUAUUAGUGUGUGCAUCUCAUUGAAUUUUUGCGGCAUGCAUGUAUUUCAUUUUAUUCGUGCGUGCAUCGCAUUUCAUUCAUGCGUGCUUCUCAUUUUAUUAGUGUAGACGUCUCAUUUUAUUAGUGCGUGCGGCUCUAAUUCACAAUAGUAAGUGGCGGCAUUGACUAUGUAGUGCGUGUAUUGACUAUAUUUAGUUCGUGCAUUGACUGUUUAGUGCGUAUAUUGGCCAUAAUUAGUGCGUGUAUUAAUCGAAUAUGUCAUAAAUCAUGCCUUAUUUUAAAUUGAACAAUCUGCAUUUUAAGUUUUCGGGUUUUUUUUCGCUAACCCGCAGUAAGUACAGAUCUAUUAAUAAGUGUUGAUAGAGACGGCCAUUGUAGAUUCCAGAACGGAGAAUACUUUGACCCUGCGGUAUUGUGUCUACUUACCUAAACUGUCAUUCUAAAUAUAAACAUCAAAAAUGGAGAAUACGUUGUUGGUCACGUGGUCAACUUAUGAUAGCGAAUAUCGAUUGAAGCCAAACUUAAAACUAUUAUCGUGUUCAUAUGUGUCGAAACAAAUCUCGCGAGAAUUAGAACCAAGAUCGGUCGUGUGGAAGGAAUUCUAAAUAGAUUUUAUUGUACUUAGUUUUUAGUGUUUACUGUUCACCCUGUGUUACUAUAAAUACACGUUAGUCUCGAUCAUUCUAGGUCACUUUUAAAUGAUGUAAGUAAUAUAUUGAUACUUCACGAGGCGUUAGCAGAGUGUUGUUUCAAUAUAUUACACAAUGACUUUAGUUCGAGACUAUUAAAGAACUUAAAAUACAGACACAAUUCCGCACGUGCUUUUCAAUGAAAUGCGUCACGCGAGUCCAAUAUUUCAUCUAAUGUACGAUUGGCAAGUUGUCCGUACAUUAUUUGAAAUAAUGUUACGCCAACAUCAAAGGAUGACGUCACAUCUGUAUUUUAAGUCAAGAUAAUGAUCCUAAUCGUUCUAACCCAGUUUUACGACCUUUAAUUCAGGCGUAGGACUGAUGGAGUGGGGGUGGGGUUAGCUCACGAUAACUUGGUUGGUUUGUAGGACGGCAGUGGGUAGGGGAAGGGAACUCACCAUAGCCUUGCUCAAGGGUGAUAUUUUUAUGUCUCAAUCUGUGCUUAUUAUAUAUUGUUUUUUUGUUGUAUUUUUUAACAUCCCAGAUUAUGAUAUUCCUGUAUGAUCUUGUUGAUACCAGGUUGUUUUAAAACAAUAAACUGCCAUUUUAAUUUUGAAAUCAUGCCAUAGAUUUAUUUUGAAUCAUUGAAUAAUUGCUAAUUUAAACUUGGUUAGAGUUAUUUAAAUAUUGUAAAUAUACAGUCUAUCGUGUUUAUAGCAAUAAUUGUAGCAAUAUCCCUUCUUUGUAAAUAAGUAGGUUUUUUUAUAUUUCACAUUUAUUUUUGUAUUUUCAUUUAAAAAAAUUUUUUUUUUAUAAACAUAAGCUGGUGACAGGGACCAAUUAUUACUAUCACCAUAGCAACACGUUUAUACUAUUGAAAGUAGACAAUACAAAAAUGUUAAUGUUGAUAAUGUAACUGGAGCAGCAUUUGGAUGUUACUAUGGCAUGGUUAUUAUUAUUAUUAUUAUUAUUAUUACAGAAUAUUUAUAGUGCACCCUUUCAUAAAACAUGUUCAGGGGCAUUUUACAAAGUGGCAAUGUAAUCAUAAAUAAACAACAAGAUUAUGGACAUGCGAGCCGAACUGUGCGCUAACUGGUGUGCCGCACACCUUGUUCUUGGCACAGCAUCUCUAUAACUGGAACACUGUUCGACAUAAACCUGUGUUGAUCGAGUCUGCCAAGGCCUGGAUUCAGACCACUGUUUAUUUAUAAUAUCAGAUUGUCCAGGAUGUAUAUUAUGUAAUCUAUAAAAUCUAGUCACCAUUGACACCAUACUAUAUAUAGACGUGUAUUCUCACAAACGUAACGUCUGUCGCUAACGCAGGUGGGGCACUCGUUCUUACGUCACUUAUAUCUGACUGUGUAUUUUGAAGUCAGAAUCAAAGAUCAAUAUGGCUUUGGUCAGAAUCAAGGCCGUGACGUAGCAACGGUGAUAACGUCAUUUUGCACCAGGUUAUCCAGUCUAAAAAUCAGUAUUUAUAUGUACUCGACCAGUGCAAUAUUGUGAUAACACUACAUUAUGUCAAUAAAUCUCGAUGUAUGAUUUAAAUAUAUUUAGCAUGGUCUAAUGAUAUAUGGUAAUCCAGUAUAAUAUUGUUGAUAUUAUUUAGAUGUACUUAUUGAUCUACUCCUAGAUAAUCCGGGGGGAGAGGCUAAUUGUAGGCCGGUUGGGGAGGUUCGGGUAUUUCCGGGGUCCAAAAUGGCCGCUUUAUAUAAAUGAGUAUUUUGGGGAAUACUAACCCGAACCCUUACCCUUUUAAGAGUGGUAAAAGGUAAAUUGGAUCCAAGCUUAGUCUUCUAAAAAGGUUUAGUGUUGGGGUUAGUAUUUUCCUAAAUUCUGAUUUAUAUACAGUGGCCAUUUUGGACUCAGGAAACACCCAAACCUCCCCAACCGGCCUACAAUUAGCAUCUCCCAUAUUCUGGAGACUAAUCGCCGUUGAUAAUUUGGUGUUGUAUUCAUAUUUAGAAAUUCGAGUAAAUUUUAGCGUCGAUUAAGCUGGGAAUAAAAUAAAGAGAUAUUCCGGAAAAUGUCCAUUAACAUAUAAUAUUAUUAUAUAAUUAUGUUAAUAGACCAACACACAACAAUUAUUCAUUCCUUUAUCUAAAAUAUCCAACAAUUGAUAUUUUUCUAUUCCUUUAAUGUUGCUCAUCGAAUAUUCCACUCAUCUCUAAAGUCAUGUUCCCACAUAUUGGUUUUUUUUUGGAAAAUUUAAGAAAUACAACAAUUAUUGAUAUUAUGUUCGUAUUACUUGUAUCUUUAUUUAUGUUAAUAUUCAGAGUCAAAGGCCCAUCUGCUUUCCUUGUACGCGUUUUCGGGGGGUUAUAUGGCUGAGUGAUUAGCACGUGCGCGCUGUAUCAUAAAGCCUGUCAUUGAGUCAACAGGCUUGGUUUCGAAUCCCCGGUUGUACUUGACAAGGAGUUGGGUCGCCUGUCCAACCUCCUGGGUUUUCUCCGGGUCCUCCGGUUUCCUCCCACUGCUAAAGACCCCUACGCCAAGCGAAUUAUUGAAUUAAAAUUAAACCAUAUGUUAGUCCCGAGAUGACCUGGUUUGUGUCGAGUGGACGUUAAACCCAAUUUCCUCUCCUCUCUCUCUACGCGUUUUCGCCAGCAAAUGUAAUGGGACCAUUAUAUUUACAUUAAAGUUCGGGUUAAACUGAGCUGCUACCAAUACCGCAAUCGCGAACUGCGACCUCUGCGAUUUUCCGCGCGAAUCAUCGUUCGUACUGAAAGCGACGAUACGCACGGAUAUUCGUAAAUGAAAGUGGUCGCGAAGCCGUCUUGGAUGAGAUGUCACAGAUAAGCCACAUGUAUGACUCUGACCUUGCACUCUGAUUGGCCAAAUUCGGUCGCGUUCGCGACAGCACAAACGACUUAGAUGAAAUAGUAGUUAAGCAAUCGAAUGCGGUUGUCACCGAGAUUGCGCUCAUUAUAAACAGACCUUAAGUCCGUUUUCCAUAUACGGUUUUAUGGAAACGGUACCAUAACAUUUGCAUUAACCUGACUUUUUCGAGGACGAAAACCUGUAUAUGGAAAACAUCCUUAGACGAGACGAAAACGCAACUCAGAAACACGUACGUUGAAAGCUGGCCUAAAGUCAACACACCCAAUCGAACUGUGUAAGAAAUGGUAUCACAAUUGUCUGAAGAUGCACGUGAACUAUUUCAUGUUAUUUUUAUUUUUGCAUGUGAACUUCAUUGCCAUUCAUUAUUUUUGCAUGUGAACUUUGUUUUAUCUUGUUGUUUAUGAUUAUUGUGGUUAGACAUUACUAGAUAUUCAUUAGCAUUAGAAUAGUUUAUUUUCUUUGAUCAUAUGUAUUUUUAUUUUAGAAUCAAACGCAUUGACAGAAUCUGAUGCAAAUGGCGCUUUACUGAUUCAGUAACGGUUUCCGGUUUCUUUUAAUAUGUGAAAUUAAUGAAAAUUGAUAAUUCAGCGAAAGAAAGAACAUCCAGUCGUUCUGUUCACCUUAUUAGGGAAGAGAUUUUCAUUUCAAUUGGAAAUUCUUGUAUCCGAAAAUCUCAAUCAUCCAGUCUUUGUUAUAUCCAAAACUUCUAAUAAGUCUCGAUCACUCAGUCUUGAUUAUAGAGUCACGAUCAUCAGCGUCGUCAUUUCAGAAAACAAAACCUCAUAUACGGUGCCCUUAUAUUUUGUUGUCAAAAUUAUGUCUGCUAGAAUCAUGGUCACAGAAAUGUGUUUUAUUAGUCUAGUUUAGUUAAAUUGUACACAACUUUUUAUUCCAAAUGACAUCUUAACAUCUUAUGUAUGUAUGUUUAAAACAUUGAAAUUGUUUCGAUUUUUUAAAAUAAAAAUAUAUUUUGUACAAAU